GAAAGGUACAUCGCAGUUUCUCGGCCGUUUUAUUAUCAACGCUUGCCGUUGUCCUUUCAUCGAUCGUUGAUUGCAUCAGCCUGGUGCUUCGCUGGCUUUUUAGCCUCGUUGUCUUACAUUACACUCAUUAAAAACAGCUGGAGUAGUCAAGUCUACGCCGUGGUGUUGUCCAUCUGCGGCUUGGCUGUUCCCACCGUCAUCAUUGCGCGCAUGUACAUUGGGGUGUUCUUAGUCGCGCGAUCUCUGUUGCAACGUAACCCAGCUCACGCUGCGAGAAUGCAAAGCGUAACAAGCCUGAAGCGAUACUAUCAAGGGGAGAGGAAAGUCGCAAUCACUGUCGGCCUCGUAACAUGUUUAUUUAUCGCUGCAUGGCUGCCCUUCUUUGUUGUGUCAGUGACAGCUGCUUUUUGCAUUCACUGCCUCCCUUCUUCCCAUAAUUCCCUCUACAAAAUCAUCGUCAUAGUGAAGAGUGUGUAUUACAUGAACAGCGCUGUCAACCCACUCGUGUAUGCGCGCCGUGACCCCGAAAUGAGACAAACAUUUUUAAGGCUGCUCGGAUUACACAGCGGUAUUUGCCGAUUAUAUGGCGAAAAGAAUAGUCCAGAAGGAUUCCCCAUGCGAGUGAGGUGACUUUUCUGCCCGCAUAGUAGCCCUGUGCUUGAGUAACAAUUAAGCUGAUACAAGCAGUGCAGAUGGCAGUAUAGUAUUGAAACGCCAUGCGGGAAGCUGGAGUCCUUUGAAAUCACACUUGCUGUUAUGUUUAGGGUUAGCCAGGGACAUUGAUUGGGGUCAUUCAUCAGUUGUUUCGAGUUUCUUUGGAUAACUAAACGACUUGUUUUUGCAUGAGAGUUUCGUGGCGUUCCAAUAUGGAAGAACGUGAAAGCCGUCAAGAUUCGUGAAUUUUAUAUAUUCACUUUCACAAGAUUGAUAUACGUUAUAAAGUAAACGAGAGCAAAAGUUCAAACAUUUUAGGUCGAUGAUGGCAGUAAGUCGUCUUGAGGCGCUUGCGAAAAACACGAACAUAACUUAGAGAAUCCGAAAACCUAUUAAAAUCAAAGAAUAUAGAAGAAACCUUGAUCAAGAAAUCAAGUUCAAGCAGGGGUACCCAACGUCAAUUUUCGGAAAAUGUCAGUUCGGAAGACGAUUUGAGAUCUAGUAAGAGUUUUCGGAACAUUUGUUGUAAAAUUUCCUGCUUGCCUGCCUCUCCUAGGAUUUUCGAACAUCUAAAAAAUGGUAUAAUUGCUUAUUUUUAACGGAUUUUUACCCUAAAAAGGUCACCUAGAAUUUUCGGGAGCCUUUUUUCUGGCAGAAAUUUUCGAAAAGGUAAGUUUUGAUCCCCAUAACUUUCGGAUCACUAGACUCCGAACAGACGAAAAAUUUUUAGGGGAUAAAAGCUGAAUAUGCCUAUAUCUACCGUUUAAAUACUAAAAUACGUUUAACAAUGCUAUGUUUAAGUGUUUUUGAACUAUAUUCUCGUUGGGUGCCCCUGUUCAAGUUCAAGUUCAUUUAUUCACACUUAUUCAAUUACAAUACAACAACAAUAAGAAAAAAAAAAGAAGUAAAAACAGAGCUAACUAUAAAAUGAAUUAAACAUAACAGUUAUAAUUAAAAGAAAAAAGUGUGUAGCAGCCAAAGGAGCCAAGCUUUCGAGUUGGCUACUACCAAAAAGCGGUUACAAGUGGGUGGAGGUUAUAUAGUACUUAUAAAAGCUAGUUAUGGAGUUCUGGCUAAAUUAAUCAUAUUAAAAAAGGAAGGGUAUAUAUGAGUAAUGAUAACAGUUAAACUCGUGCUUUGGAUUAAAUUCUGUGCAGUUAAACUCUUAAAUUCUGUACGGUUAAACUCUCCACGCGUUUAACUCUACACCCGCCAUCUUCGCGUUCCAGGCCUCAUUCAAUGUAUAACAAUAUUUUCAUUCUAAAGUAAAGUGACUAUAGUCUUUACGAAAAUCGCGAGUAAAAAUGAGAUUUACAAGUUAAGCAGGGUACGCCACAAAGAACGCUCUAGCGACAAAAUAAUGGAGUCGUAUGUCCAAAAUCCUAGCUUGCGUAAAAGCCCUAAUCAGCACUGAGAAGCUCGCUGGGUACUAGCUUUUAUGGUUGUACCAAAGUGCCGUAUUUAUUCGAUUAAGCACCCUGGGCGCUUAUGAAUUUUUGGACCUUGACAGUGGGCGCUUAUUCGAGGUGGGCGCUUAUUCGAGGUUGGGCGCUUAUUGAAGUUUCACGAUUUUCAGCGUUAGUAAUUUUAUUCUUCAACAAAACGUGAAGAUGUUCCCGAUGUUCCAAAUCAGAAUUUUAACUGUUCAUUGAAAGUUUCUUUAAAAUACUAAGAAAACUCGGUCUUCAAGGAAGUAUGUUAGAAGAACUUAGUCCAUGCUAAUCCGGCUCAUUGUCAGUAAGUUCAAACUUUUUGCUUUUUGUGGGCGCUUAUUCGAGGCUGGGCACUUACUAACUUUUCCUACCUAUAGGGUGAGCGGUUAUUCGAGGAUGGACGUGCUUAAUCAAAUCCGGCACUUGAGAAUCAAGUUAAGGGCUCGAAAUUUUUGUCCAUUACAGUAGGCUGCAAUUAUCUUUGAUCUUCCCAAAACGAUCCCUGAUUUAGGAAAUAUGGGCAAUGCUAUCCUACUAGACGACAUGUGCGGUGCAACAGUGUGUUUGGUUGCUGACUGAGAUUCAGCUUGUUAUUCGUUUUCUGAUCAAAUCUCAAAUAAACUACUUUUUGUAACAGUUUAAUGCUGCGCACUGCGCCGGCGCGGUAUUACUAAUAUGCGAAACCAAAACGAAGAACUUUGGCAGAAUUUUGGGUUGGAAACGAAUAAUGGUAAGCACCACUCAAUGGCAAACCAGCGGAAUACUUAAUACAUCUUUGCAUUCCAUUUCUUUAUUUGUUCAAUCUGGCACAAUAUUAUAUCAACAGCAAUCAGUUUGACGGAACCAAGUUACUAAAGUUACGUGUGAUCUACACUGCAGUUUUAUAAACUACCACAAACACGAGUUUACUUGCUGGAAGUGUCGGGCGUACAUUUUUGUCUCUGAAAAUUUUUGUUAAUUAGUGUAACCAAGAUAGUUGUGACUGAUUGUUAGACCAAUGGUUCAAGGUAGAAUUCGAUUCCUUCUUACUCUGCCAAUAAGCAAACUUGAAACUGAUGAGCUAUGCGGGUAAACUCCCAAACCAAACGCACACCAGUAUUAACCAUGUACGGUUUAUGAUCUCUUGGUAUAAAAGAAGAGUUGGGUUGGACCCAGUUCAUACCGGGGAGGAAACUGACUUGCAAUUUUUUCCAGCUUAGCUUUGCCUAUCAGUGUUUAAAUUCAGAAGUUAUAUGAGAAUACAGAGGCAACAACGCAACCCACCAGGUCCCGAUUGUUCCAUGGAUAGCGCUAUCCACCGGAUAAAUCACUGUCCAGUGGAUAACCAAUUGCGCUAUCCAGUGGAUAGAUAUUUAUCCGAUAGAUAG